AAGACAAGUGGUGGGGAGCCGAAUUGAAAAUGAAAGCUAAAACUUAAGAAGUUUGACAUUGACAAAGGGAUUCACACCGCGGUAAGGUCGAGGCCAACCCGAGCCAACCACAAGAAAGUAAAUCCUUUCCACUUUCUCCGAUGGCAAUUCAGGCGCGUUCUUGCGAUCCCUCGCUCAUCAAGCUUGGAUUGGCUUUGAUCGCCCUCUCUAUCGCCGGCUACAUUCUCGGCCCUCCUCUCUACUGGCAUGUCAAGGAAGGUUUCGCCGUCGUUAGCCGCUCAUCUUCUUCUUCCUCUUGCCCUCCUUGCUUCUGCGACUGCCCUUCUCAGCCCGUCAUCUCAAUUCCCGAAGAAUUGAGGAACUCUACCUUUGCAGAUUGUGUUAAGCAUGAUCCAGAAGUGAGUCAAGACACAGAGAAGAACUUCGCAGACCUAUUGUUAGAGGAGCUGAAGUUAAAGGAAGCCGAAGCCUCGGAAAGUCAUCGCCGUGCUGAUAUGGCUCUGCUCGAGGCGAAGAAGAUGACAUCUCAGUAUCAAAAAGAAGCAGACAAGUGCAAUUCUGGGAUGGAAACAUGUGAAGAAGCAAGAGAGAAAGCUGAAGCAGUAUUAGCUGCUCAGAAGAGACUAACAGCAACAUGGGAGCAAAGGGCUCGCCAAAGGGGCUGGAAAGAGGGGGCUGCUAAGUCUCGUAUUCAAAAACAAGGAAAUAUUCAAACUGCAUAAAACAGCAUCCAAGCAGAGUAACACCUCCUCCCGUCCUCGCCUUUCGUUUCAUAUAUAUAUAUAAUUUUUUGGUAGUAACUUAAAUUUCACUCGACAUCCUCGAAUAGAUCGGAAUGAACUAUUUCAGGUAUCUUUAGAGAAUCGAAAUGUCAAUUACCGUUUAGUUAAGCCUAUGAAAACGUUCAUUAGUUGAAAGCAACUAAUGUAUUGAUGAAGUUAUGUUACUCUCAUUUGUUAUCUUCUUUGUGGCCUAAUGGCCUCGUUCGAAACAAAAUCGAAAGUUCAAGAACAU